AUGUCUGGAGACGGAGAGGAAGAGCUGUGCCGAAACGCACUAACGUUGGUCCAUGAACUGUGCUUCGGCAUCCGGGAAAACCGCAACAACGAGAAGUGCAUCGAGUUCUCCUACCUCAUGCGCGAUCGAGACCGCACACGCCACAUCGAGACAGAUAUAUCGGUCAGCCUCCUCUCGGUGAUUGUAACAUUCUGUGGCAUCGUUCUCCUGGGCGUCUCACUCUUUGUCUCCUGGAAGCUCUGCUGGAUCCCAUGGCGUGACAAAGGCUUGAACCCCCAGCGCAAGGACUCGCACCACCUGCACCACCUGCACCACCACUCGCACUUCACCGACCUUGCUGUCGAGCGCGUUGACUGUGGCCCAGAGAUGCCCGAACGCUCCUACCUCGACCUGGAGUCAUACCCCGAGUCCAGCAUCAAACUGAGCCAGACGUCGCCUGAUAUCCCGGUGGACACCAACUCCGGGACUAAGGAGAACAGCCUCCCAAACGCACACUCCCACCAACAGGUGUCUGUCCCGCCACCAGCAACAAGGUUCAACUCGCUCCCGAGGCCAAUCCCACAGCAGUUGUCCAGCCCGGACUUUGGGAGCCAGACCGAUGAGAAAGUGGAGCAGGUGACCAGCAUCGGCCAGAUCAAACCGGAACUCUACAAGCAGAGGUCCAUCGACGCGGAGGCGAAGAAGCACCAGAAGGUGAACUGCGGGCGGAUAAACUUCCUGCUGAGGUACACGUACGCCACCGAGCAGCUGGUGGUCAAAGUCCUGAAGGCCCUCGAUCUUCCAGCCAAAGACGCCAACGGAUUCUCCGACCCUUACGUGAAGAUCUACCUGCUCCCCGACCGCAAGAAGAAGUUCCAGACCAAGGUGCACCGCAAGACGCUGAACCCAGUGUUCAAUGAGACCUUUCAGUUCAAUGUCCCGUUUAACGAGCUGCAGAACCGCAAGCUCCACUUCAGCAUCUAUGACUUUGACCGUUUCUCCCGUCACGACCUUAUCGGGCAAGUGGUGCUGGACAACCUGCUGGAAUUCUCCGACCUCUCCGAGGGAACACCCAUGUGGCGGGACAUCUUGGAGGCGACAUCGGAGAAAGCUGAUCUGGGUGAGAUAAACUUCUCCCUGUGCUAUCUCCCGACGGCAGGCAGACUCACAAUCACCAUUAUCAAAGCCACCAAUCUUAAGGCGAUGGAUUUGACUGGAUUCUCAGAUCCCUAUGUGAAGGCGUCAUUGAUCUGUGAGGGGAGGCGUCUGAAGAAGCGGAAGACGUCAAUAAAGAAGAACACACUGAACCCAGUGUACAAUGAGGCCCUGGUGUUUGACAUUCCCAACGAGAAUAUGGACCAUGUCAACGUCAUCAUUGCUGUCAUGGAUUACGACUGCAUCGGUCACAACGAGGUUAUUGGGAUGUGCUGUGUAGGGAAUGACGCUGAUGGUGCAGGUCGGGAACACUGGACUGAAAUGCUGGCCAACCCACGCAAACCCAUUGAACAAUGGCAGCAGCUUGUUGAGGAAAAAGUCAUGAACAAUUACAUGACAAAAAGUUACACCACCAGUACAGGUGUCACCAAACCAGUUAGCAUUGUGGUGGAGAGUCCUCAUUCAGACUGA